AGGAAGCUGCUGCUGUCCUAGAGGACGAUGAAGACAUGAGGAGCAGCAGAGAAGGGUUCCGAGUCCUGCAGAGGCUGCAGACAGCCCCCGUCUGUCCGGCGGGGGCCCCCGGGGCCGGGCUGGGCCCCCCCGGGCCGGGGCCGGGGGGGCCCAGGGCAUGCAGGGGGAUGUCAGGCUCCAUGAACGUCUUCAACAGGCAGAUGAAGAGGCGCCAGAAGAACUGGGCCGCCUCCCUGCAGGACGGACAGCAGUACGACUACCUGAGGGAUGAGGUUGGCAGCCGAGUGGCGGAUCGGGUUUAUGACAUCGCCAGGACGUUUCCUCUGGCUCUGGACAUCGGAGCAGGAAAGAGUCACAUCUCUCGUCAUCUGAGUGAGGAGGUGGUGGAGCGUCUCCUCCUGACGGACGUCUCCCAGCAGGCUCUGAAACGGAGGUGUCAGACUCCGAUCCCGACGCGGUGCGUUCUGGCUGAUGAGGAGUUCCUGCCGUUUCAGGAGAACAGCUUUGACCUGGUGGUGAGCAGCCUCAGCCUCCAUUGGAUCAACGACCUGCCCGGGACUCUCAAACAGAUCCAUCAGGUGCUGAAGCCGGACGGCGUGUUCAUCGGGGCGAUGGUGGGCGGCGAGACGCUGUAUGAGCUGCGCUGUUCGCUGCAGCUGGCCGAGACGGAGCGGGAGGGCGGGUUCUCGCCCCACGUGUCGCCCUUCACCGCCGUCACGGACCUGGGAAACCUGCUGGGCCAGGCUGGCUUCAACAUGCUGACCGUGGACAUCGACGACGUUCAGGUUCUCUAUCCAGGAAUCAUGGAAGUCAUGAUGGAUCUCCAAGGAAUGGGAGAGAGUAACUGCGCCUGGAACCGGAGGACGCUGCUGCACAGGGACACCAUGCUAGCAGCUGCAGCUGUUUACAAAGAGAUGUACGGGAGCGAGGACGGCGCCGUGCCCGCCACCUUCGAGAUCCUCUACAUGAUUGGCUGGAAGCCUCACGAGUCUCAGGUGAUUGUCUGAGGCCAAACCGGCGAAGCGAGGCUCAGCCACCGCCUCGUUUGGAGACCUGUCCAGGAUCAGCCGGCCGACCCGGGACAACAACCCAUAGAACCAGAGGCGACCCGUAGAGACUCGUGUAGAGACUGACUGACGGUCAGAGUGAAGACCACGCUCUGAACAAGUUCAUCUCAACUCAGUUCACUGAUUUGUUCUGAAAAAACACAAUAAACCAGAAUCCUUCAGCGUUCUUAGUGAA